AUGGCCAACCCGUUGCAGCCUCAGUUUCCCUCAGCCCAGGAGCCAGGCACCGCCUUACCCCUGGACCUGCCGGAGAUGGAGAUGCUCCUCACGAAGGUGGAAGGCAAGGAUGACAAGCCACUGAAGCUGUCCAAGUCCCUCUCGAGGGCCCUGGACCUGGAGCAGAAUGGCCACAGCCUGCCCUUCAAGGUGGUAUCCGAGGGGCGCCAGGACGCCACGCUCCCCUGGUCGGCCUCUCGGGCCAGCUCUAGGCGGGCGUCCUCCAUUGCCACUGCGUCCUCUGCCCAGGACCAAGAAGUCCCCAAAGAUUACCUUAUCCUUGCCAUCGCCUCCUGCUUCUGCCCCGUGUGGCCCCUCAACCUCAUCCCCCUCAUCUUUUCCAUCAUGUCCCGAAGUAGCGUGCAACAAGGGGACCUGGACGGGGCCCGGAGGCUGGGCCACCUGGCCCGCCUGCUCAGCAUCACCUUCAUCAUCAUGGGGAUCAUCAUCAUCAUUGUGGCCGUGACCGUCAAUUUCACAGGAGGACAGGAUGGUGACGUCCCUGCGCUCCCAAAGCAUGAACUUGGAGGGAAGCCCCCAGCUCAGGGGCCCAGCUGCCGCCCGGCGUCCGCCCUGGGAUCCCCUUGGGCAGCCAAGAUGAGCAGCUGGAGAGAGGUGACAGCCACACGCAUGACAGGUGGAGGCACCAAGAGGAUGACCCAGCCUACCUCUCGCUCCCUCUCCUCCCUGUGCUGUCGCCUGGGGCCUGACCGCAGCCCUGCUCAGCCGGCCAGGAUCAGCCUGGACCUGAGCUCGCCUCCAGGCAUGGCCUCCCUGGUGGUCUAG